AUGAAGAAAGCAAAGCUAAUAUUUGUUCCAUCAACAGGCAAAGGCCAUUUGAUCCCAGUUCUCAAAUUCGCAAAGCGUCUUGUUGAUCACGAUGAUCAGAUUUUUAUCAGCGUUGUUUUUGUUAAAUUGUCUUCCGAUCCUUUUGUCGAUGCUUAUAUCGAAUCGAUCAAGGCCUCAAAACUUGAUCGAAUCGAUUUCAUCGAUGUAUCUCAACAACAACAACAACAUUGUCAUUCAAUUGUUGGUAAUCAUUCGCGGUCCGUCCAAGAUCACGUCAAUGUCGUUAGGGAAACACAUACGCCGCUUUUGAAAGACUUUGUCGUUGACCUUUUAUCGAGAUCAAGAUUGGAUUCGGCAACGUUUGUGGGGUUCAUUUUCGAUUUGUUUUUUGUAUCACUGGUCGAUGUUGCUCAUGAAUUUAACGUCCCUUCGUAUAUAUUUUUAACUGGUAAUGCAGGGUUUUUGAGUCUUUUAUUCCACUUGAUGACUCGACACGGUGAGAUUUGCGGUAGCCCCGAGUUUAAGCAGUCCGAUCCCGACCAAUUGAUCUCAGGAUUUAUCAAUCCUGUUCCUCUCAAUGUUUUGCCUUCGGCUUUGUUUGACAAGGAUAAUGGUUAUCCUUUGUUUAUGACGACUGCUCAAAAGUUCAAGGCUGUCAAAGGAAUUGUGGUUAAUACAUUUGAGGAGCUUGAACCUUAUGCUAUUAGUAGUUUUUCCGAUCACGGAAAUCCCCCGGUUUACCCCAUUGGGCCGCCUCAAUCAUCAGUGAUAUUUCUUUGUUUUGGAAGCUUUGGGCGUUUUCUUGCACCUCAAGUCAAAGAAAUAGCACUUGGACUAGAGCAAAGCGGAUACAAAUUCUUAUGGUCCUCGCGCGUGCCACCACGAAAUGAUGAUCCGGGAGGUGUUCAUUACAGUGAGGACAUGUUGCCGGAAGGGUUCGUAGAAAGGAUCCAAGGGAAGGGGAUGAUGAUAUAUGGGUGGGCACCGCAAGUGGAGAUUCUAGCUCACGAAGCGAUAGGAGGGUUCAUAUCUCAUUGUGGUUGGAACUCGAUCCUCGAAAGCUUGUGGUUUGGGGUGCCGAUGAUAAUGUGGCCUAUGUACGCCGAACAAAAAUUGAAUGCAUUUAAGAUGGUGAAGGAAUUAGGGUUAGCAGUGGAGCUAAGACUCGAGUACGAACAACUUAAUGUCGACGACGUCGUGAUGGCUGAUGAGAUUGAGAAAGCGAUCAAGCAAGUAAUGGAUGAACGCAAUGAGGUUCGUAAGAAAGUGAGGGAAAUGGCUAAAAUUGCUAGAAAAUCAAUUGUUAGCGAAGGGUCUUCGUUCCUCUCAAUUCAAAAAUUGAUUAACGAUAUGAUAUGUAAUAAUUAAAUUAGUGUCACGGGUCAAUCGGAUAUUAAUUCAAUUACGAAGUUUUAAAAAAAAACAUUUAUUUUAUAAAAUAAGUUAUACUAUUG